UAUUUUGAUAGUAAAAUAGAAUCUUAUUUUAUUGCAAUUUUACAAUUUUCAAAAUUUUCAUUCAUUUUUUUGUUUUACUUAAUUUUUUUACUUUUCUUAUUUUAAAACAAGUUUAAAAAUGAUGCUGUUGCUUCUGAAAACAGUUUUGUCGUGUUUCAUAUUAACAGUGCAUUCUCAAAUUAUUUCAUACACACCUCCUACUGAAGCUGAGCUGACUCUCAACUCAUCAUCCAAACCUCUAGGGUAUAGCAUAGGUAAAUUGGUCAACCCCCCAAAUAUUGGUGGUAAUUUUGGAAUAAAGAUAUCAAAUUUAAGCAAUAACUAUCUAGAUGUUAAAGUUGAAACAGUUACUAAUGGUAUCACGAUAUGCAUUAAAACCAAUCUAAUCACUGGUGAAAGUAGCUGUGCAAAGGAUAAGUAUUUUAACUGCUUUAUUUCCCAAUCUUCUUCAAUAUCUAUUGAGUUUUACUGUUCUGAGAGUUGUUCUACACAACCUGUCGAAAUUUUUUAUUACAGAGUUGUCAAAAGUCCAGAUGGAGCCCUUGACACCUGGUGCAGCGACCGUCAGACGGAUUUAGAGUAUCCUAGUGAUCUAUUAUUUGUAAGUUUUAAUACAAGAAUACCAAAGACAUCUAUCAAGAAUACUCCUAGCAAAUCGUUUAGUUUGAGCCCCCCAAUUUUUAUUUCGAUUCUUUUAUUAUUUGUAACGUUCAUUAUUUAAUUUAUGUUCAUUCUCGCAAUUACUAAAUAGACGUCAGAUAAAUUAUUUUCUUUAAUAUAAUUUUUUUUACAAAAGUAUGUAGAUAUGUUUUAUGUGUAUAUGAAUAAAUUUUUUACUUUUUUAUAUUUGUAUAUUUUUGCAAAAGAUUAAUUUUAACAUUCAAAGUUA